UUAUCGUGUGGUGUGUAAAUCUGUGGUUAGGUACACACUGACUACAUAUAUAUUCUCGUCCUCCUCACCCAAAUCUCAUUUUCAAAACCACAUUAUCUUCCUCUUCCUCGAGGAGAUCUAUCACAAAUCACAACAUGAUGAAAAGUCCAAAGAACUACCUGAAGAUGACCACCGAUUCAACCGUAUCAGAAGCAGCAGCCUCCUUAAUCAACUCCGAUCUCAAAGAAAUCGGAGAAGCAACCAAAAAAUUUGCUAAUCACGUCAUCCAGCUCGGAGUCAGUGGCGGUUUCGUCACCACCGUUCUUCAAUGGUUCGCCUUCUGUGCCGCCGUUUAUUUGCUGAUACUGGAUCGUACAAACUGGAGGACCAAUAUGCUGACGUCACUCCUGGUUCCGUACAUAUUCCUGACGUUUCCGAACUGGCUGUUUGGAAUCUUACAUGGAGAUGUUGGCAAAUGGAUCACUCUUGUUGGAGUCAUAUUACGUCUCUUCUUCCCUAAUCACUUUCCAGAGUAUUUGUAUUUGCCUGGAUGUUUGCUUCUUCUGAUUGUGAUAUCUCCAAGCUUUGUUGCUGGUUACGUAAGAGCGGGCUGGAUCGGUGUGAUUAUCUGCUUAGGAAUUGGAUGCUAUCUGCUUCAAGAACACAUCAGAGCUUCUGGUGGAUUCAGGAAUGCAUUUACCAAGAGCAACGGGCUUUCGAACACUAUUGGUAUCGUUCUUUUGUUCGUUUUCCCUGUUUGGGCUUUGAUCACUUUGAUUUAAGUGUUUACAUCAAACUCUUGUUUGUUGUAACAUGAAUUGUGUUUUCUGUAUGAGUUGUGAUUCAUGAAUAUUUUCAUUGAUGUGUAUGUUGAACUUGGUUACUAUUUAGGUUCGUUAUUGUUUCAUUUGAAUAUGUUUUGUGAA